AUGGAGAAGUUCAAGAUUUCAGUCAACCCAAAAAAAAUGAAUAUUGGGGAAGACCACCUGUUCUACACCUCCUGUGCUACACCUCCUGUGCUACACCGCCUGUCCUACACCGCCUGUUCUACACCGCCUGUUCUACACCGCCUGUUCUACACCGCCUGUUCUACACCGCCUGUUCUACACCGCCUGUUCUACACCUCCUGUGCUACACCUCCUGUGCUACACCUCCUGUUCUACACCGCCUGUUCUACACCUCCUGUGCUACACCUCCUGUUCUACACCGCCUGUGCUACACCUCCUGUGCUACACCGCCUGUCCUACACCGCCUGUUCUACACCGCCUGUGCUACACCGCCUGUGCUACACCGCCUGUGCUACACCGCCUGUGCUACACCGCCUGUGCUACACCUCCUGUGCUAUACCUCAUGUUCUACACCUCGUGUUCUACACCGCCUGUUCUACACCUCCUGUGCUACACCUCCUGUGCUACACCUCCUGUUCUACACCACCUGUUCUACACCGCCUGUUCUACACCGCCUGUUCUACACCGCCUGUUCUACACCGCCUGUUCUACACCGCCUGUCCUACACCUCCUGUUUGUUCUACACCGCCUGUUCUACACCGCCUGUUCUACACCGCCUGUUCUACACCUCCUGUUCUACACCGCCUGUCCUACACCUCCUGUGCUACACCUCCUGUGCUACACCUCCUGUGCUACACCUCCUGUUCUACACCGCCUGUUCUACACCGCCUGUCCUACACCGCCUGUCCUACACCGCCUGUCCUACACCGCCUGUCCUACACCUCCUGUUUGUUCUACACCGCCUGUCCUACACCGCCUGUCCUACACCGUCUGUCCUACACCUCCUGUGCUACACCUCCUGUGCUACACCUCCUGUGCUACACCUCCUGUUCUACACCGCCUGUCCUACACCGCCUGUUCUACACCGCCUGUUCUACACCACCUGUCCUACACCUCCUGUUUGUUCUACACCGCCUGUCCUACACCGCCUGUCCUACACCUCCUGUUCUACACCUCCUGUGCUACACCUCCUGUUCUACACCACCUGUUCUACACCGCCUGUUCUACACCGCCUGUUCUACACCGCCUGUUCUACACCGCCUGUUCUACACCUCCUGUGCUACACCUCCUGUUCUACACUGCCUGUUCUACACCGCCUGUUCUACACCGCCUGUCCUACACCGCCUGUUCUACACCUCCUGUUCUACACCGCCUGUUCUACACCUCCUGUUCUACACCUCCUGUUCUACACCACCUGUUCUACACCGCCUGUUCUACACCGCCUGUUCUACACCGCCUGUUCUACACCGCCUGUUCUACACCGCCUGUCCUACACCGCCUGUCCUACACCGCCUGUCCUACACCGCCUGUCCUACACCGCCUGUCCUACACCUCCUGUUUGUUCUACACCGCCUGUUCUACACCGCCUGUUCUACACCUCCUGUUCUACACCGCCUGUCCUACACCGCCUGUCCUACACCGCCUGUCCUACACCGCCUGUCCUACACCUCCUGUGCUACACCUCCUGUUCUACACCGCCUGUCCUACACCGCCUGUCCUACACCGCCUGUCCUACACCGCCUGUCCUACACCGCCUGUCCUACACCGCCUGUCCUACACCUCCUGUUUGUUCUACACCGCCUGUCCUACACCGCCUGUUCUACACCGCCUGUUCUACACCACCUGUUCUACACCUCCUGUUCUACACCACCUGUCCUACACCGCCUGUCCUACACCUCCUGUUUGUUCUACACCGCCUGUCCUACACCGCCUGUUCUACACCGCCUGUUCUACACCGCCUGUUCUACACCGCCUGUCCUACACCGCCUGUUCUACACCACCUGUUCUACACCUCCUGUUCUACACCACCUGUCCUACACCGCCUGUCCUACACCUCCUGUUUGUUCUACACCGCCUGUCCUACACCGCCUGUUCUACACCGCCUGUCCUACACCGCCUGUCUUACACCGCCUGUCCUACACCGCCUGUCCUACACCGCCUGUUCUACACCGCCUGUUCUACACCGCCUGUCCUACACCGCCUGUCCUACACCGCCUGUCCUACACCGCCUGUCCUACACCGCCUGUCCUACACCGCCUGUCCUACACCACUUAUUCUACACCACCUGUUCUAUACCUCCUGUUCUACACCUCCUUUUCUACACCUCCUAUUCUACACCUCCUUUUCUACACCACCUGUUCUACACCGCCUGUUCUACAUCACCUGUUCUACACCUCCUGUCCUACACCUCCUGUGUGCCUGUUCUACACCGCCUGUUCUGCACCUCCUGUUCUACACCUUUAUGAGACGGGGGUCUAA